AGUUCGAAGGUCGAAGGUGGCGGCGGGAGGAAGAUGGCGCCGGCGAGGGACUUGCAUUUGCAUCUUAGCGGCUGGGACCCGCUGAUGGGGGUCCUCGGCAGCCUGAGCCGGGGCUGAGGUGCCCGUUGCUGGUGACGCUUCGGAGCGUCGUGAAGGAGCCGCGAGGGCUGAGGCCUCCUCUUCCUCCUCCUCCAGCUGACGCUUCUGGGUCCGCGCAUCAGAGCCAUGGUGUCAUGGAAAGGGAUUUAUUUUGUACUUGCACUAUUCUUGGGAAGUUUUUUCGGAAGCAUUUUCAUGCUUGGCCCCUUGCUGCCAUUGAUGUUUUUCUCCCCAUCUUGGUAUCGCUGGAUCACUGAUCGCGUUGUGGCUACUUGGCUUACACUUCCAGUGGCCUUACUGGAGAUUGUAUUUGGUGCAAAAGUGGUUAUAACAGGUGAUGGAUUCAUCCCCGGAGAAAGAAGUGUCAUUAUCAUGAACCACCGAACGCGAAUGGAUUGGAUGUUCCUAUGGAACUGCCUGCUGAGAUAUAGCUACCUCAGACUUGAAAAAAUAUGUCUCAAAUCUAGCCUCAAAGGCAUUCCAGGAUUUGGCUGGGCCAUGCAGGUUGCUGCCUUCAUUUUUAUUCAUAGAAGAUGGGAAGAAGACAAAAAUCAUUUUGAAAAUAUGCUGGAUUACUUCUGUGACAUUAACGAACCACUGCAGCUUCUCAUCUUUCCCGAAGGAACAGAUCUGACAGACUACACCAAAGCCCGCAGUAAUGAAUUUGCUGAAAAGAAUGGACUUCAGAAAUACGAGUAUGUCUUGCAUCCAAGAACUACAGGCUUCACUUUUAUAGUGGAACGACUAAGAGACGGCAACAACCUUGAUGCUAUCCAUGACAUAACAGUGGCAUAUCCUCAAAACAUUCCUCAAACCGAGAAGCAUCUUCUGUAUGGAAACUUCCCAAAGGAAAUUCAUUUUCACGUCCAGAGAUAUCCAGUACAGUCUCUGCCAACCUCUCGGGAAGAAAUGCAACUCUGGUGUCAGAAGCGCUGGGAAGAAAAGGAAGAAAGGCUUCGUUUGUUUUAUGAAGGCAAAAAAUACUUUGAUGCAACAGGAAGAAGCAAAAUUCCACCCUGUAAAUCUGAGUUCAGGGUCAUGGUUGUUAAGUGCAUUUCACUCUUUUACUGGACAUCUUUCACGCUGGCUAUGUUUGUGCUGCUAUACUUGUACAGCUUUGUGCGGUGGUAUUUUGUGAUUCUUGUUGUCAUUUUUGUUAUGCAACAAAAAGCAUUUGGUGGGCUUGAAUUGUUGGAACUUGCAUGUCAUCGGUUUUAUAGUAAAAAAUUACACAACUCAGAAAGAGAUUAAAUUUGGUGUAUAUUGUGGGGAGGGUGGUUAAGUUUGUGGACAUUUUUCAGAUGUGCCACAGGGUUUGCAAAAGUGGGAGAUUUUGCAUGAGAAUCAUUGGUCUGUCUUAAUGCUGUGGUUGGUUAAAACACUGUGCACUUAUAUUGUAAAAGGAGAAAGAACAGUUAUGUGAUUUUUUUAAUUUUUGAAUGUAUCUUCAGAGUGUCUCUCUUUGGCAGCUAGCAUAUACAAUGUCUCUGCAAAAUAAUUUGCCAACCAAUCACAUUUUAUAGCUCUUGAGCCUUUCAGGAUCUAUAAAUAGCUGAGCAAAUUGUGCUAAAAGCAGUGGCCUGUGAUCCCUACAUGGCCUUGCCAUAAAUAAAUUGUGAAAUUUGAAAGUCCUCACUCAUUACAUGCUCCAUAUUGGCCUUUCUUUAGCUCUUUUCCCCUUUCCCUUUCUGAGAGAAUCAUCCUUAGUAUCAGCAAAUUUUCUGACCUGCAGAAUGAGAAAACAAAAGAUCUUAAUUUGGGUCUAUUCUGUUAUACUCCAUUUUUAUACGGCUGUUCUGUCUGUUGAUUAAACUGUUACAACUUGUACACCUCAGUUUUUAAACAAGCUUUGAAACAAGUUUUGAACAUGUACUUUGAAACCGGUUUCAAUGAAAAUCAAUUGAGUUGAUCUUGAGGUAAAUAUUAUGGCAAAGGACUUUCAUGAAGUUUCAACAAAUAUUUUGUCAGCAGCCCACCUAAGGCUGGCUGUAUUGAAGUCCCGUGAAUGGUUGUUAUAUGUUCAGAUAAGUAGGCAAUCUCAUGUUUGAAACUGGAUUAGCCUACAACAUGAACACAUACCAAACCAUCCACAAGGUAGGAAACAGGGAGCCAGCACAUAACAUGGUUGUUCAACGCCAACAAAGCAUCUUUUUGCCCACACAAUCAGAAUUACCAGUUACAUUUUUUAUUUUAUU